UGGGAGCUUUGAAAUUUCACUUUCUAAUUUCCAUCUUUGCCAGUUCUUAUUUGGGAUUUAUGUAUUUGAUUUAAGCGCCGAUCUUCGCAUUCCGACAUAUAAUUCAUAAUUUCUUUUUACAGUUUAGUAGAAUCCACACUGAUGUCAUAAAAUGGGUGAACGUUCAAAAUCAAGUUCAUCGGAAAAUUUGCUGGAACUCGCUGGAAAUUACAGUGUGCCACAUAAGCACCUCGUACAGCUCAUGAUUAAACACGGGAUUUUGCAGGCUCAUUAUUUCUGCAAUAAAUUUGUUCAAUAUGUCCAGAUCUAUAACUCGGAAGGUAGUACUGUUACUCAGCCGAAUGAUGGACAAGAAAAAAUACUUAUUGAGAAGUUGAUCGUGGUUAUCAAUAAUGCUCUAACCUCGCUCAGUCUUCGAUUGAUACAAGCAGAUGACGAAUAUGAUGACCAGAACAAUUACAUCGUACUGCUCAGUGACCGAAGACCGAGUGAUUUUUUACGCGACGCAUUUGGUUUAACACAAACUGAAAUUACGCUCUUUCAUUUGUGGAUAAGCACUAUUUGCAGUAGUGAAAAUGGUGAAAUUCUGAAACAUGAAGCACUAUCGACCGCUUCGAAUUUGUUGGUAAAAGACAAGAAAGUAGAUGAGGAAUAUCUCUUGCAGCGGUGUGUUUCAAAUAAAUGGCUAGUGAUGGAUAACAAAGGAGCAACGAUUCGCUUGGGUACUCGUGGAGUUGCUGAGUUACAAAAUUACUUUAGUUCACACGCAGAUAAAUUUAAACUGGAAAAAUGCGUUCUAUGUGGCAAAUUUAUAAUUAUGAAGAACCGAGCAAUUUUCUGCAAAACAUGCGGAAGUUUUUCUCACCGACAAUGUGGUCUGAAAAUUAUAAAAUCUGUGAGAACGGGAAAAGUGCUAUGUCCAGGUAAAUUGGCAAAUGGUAAAUCAUGUACUGCAGGAUUUCAUGUAUCUGUCGAAAUGGAAAGUGUUAAUCAGAACCAGUAAAGGUAAUCGUAAACGUCGUAUUGUGAAUGACUUUAACGAACAGGAUGAAUGUAAUGUCGCUUUUUGUAGUACGGGAAGAUUACAUGAUACAGAAAUGUAACUAUCUACUUGGAAAUCUAUUGUUUUAUUUUCGACACUUGUCGUUUUUUUUGUUUAAUCUUGGAUUCGAUGGAUUAUUCGAUAUCUUUCUGGGUCUUGAAAAUUGUAACUGUUUACUUAGAAAACUCGUUGUGUUAUUCUUUGUUGAACUUCUCGAUUGUUUUUGAUUUUCUCUUGAAGAAAGGUAGUUCACAUACAGUGAAAUAAUAUGGCAG